UCUCCUGGCAGCCAUCAUGAAGGGUACUGUCUCGAUUUGCUGUCUCCUCACCCUGCUGCUUUUGCAGGCCACAGCAGAGGUGGAAGAAUUUGAUUCUGUCCUAAGAGACAGAUCUCAUAUUGAUGAGACACUGCGGCUUGCAGCUGAGGAAAAAGCAGCAGACUAUGCCGCGGCUAUACAGAAGUUGCGGAAGAUCUACCAUUCGUCCAUCAAACCAAUGGAGCAGGCCUACAAGUACAAUGAGCUCAGGCAGCAUGAGAUUUCAGCAUACCCCGGACGAACCCUGGGCGACUCGGCCACAGAUGGAGAGAUUACCUCCAAGCCCAUGGUGCUGUUCCUUGGACCCUGGAGUGUAGGAAAGUCCUCAAUGAUCAAUUACCUCCUGGGCUUGCACGACAGCCCAUAUCAGCUUUACACAGGAGCUGAGCCCACUACCUCUGAGUUUACUGUUAUAAUGCACGGGGAGAAAAUCCGUUCUGUAGAGGGUAUCGUCAUGGCAGCAGAUAGCUCUCGCUCAUUCUCUCCACUUGAAAAGUUUGGCCAGAACUUCCUGGAAAAGCUGAUUGGCAUCGAGAUGCCUCACAAGCUGCUAGAACGUGUGACUUUUGUGGACACACCGGGAAUCAUAGAGAACCGCAAGCAGCAGGAAAGAGGUUAUCCUUUCAACGAUGUCUGCCAGUGGUUCAUUGACCGUGCUGAUCUCAUCUUUGUUGUGUUUGACCCAACCAAACUGGAUGUUGGUCUUGAGCUCGAGAUGUUGUUCCGGCAGUUGAAAGGCCGGGAGUCACAGAUCCGCAUCAUCCUAAACAAGGCGGACAAUCUGGCCACGCAGGACUUAAUGAGAGUUUAUGGAGCACUCUUCUGGAGUUUGGCUCCACUUAUUAAUGUGACUGAACCGCCUCGUGUCUACGUCAGCUCCUUCUGGCCAUAUGAUUAUGCUCCAGACACCAGUCGCGAACUCUUCAAGAGAGAGGAAAUCUCCCUCUUGGAAGAUCUUAACCAGGUGAUUGAGAACCGGAUGGAGAACAAGAUCGCCUUCAUCCGCCAACACGCCAUCCGUGUGCGCAUCCAUGCCCUGCUUGUGGACCGUUACGUCCAGACUUUCAAAGAGAAGAUGACCUUUUUCAGUGACCCAGAAUUGGUCUUCCAGGAGAUUGUAGAUGAGCCGGACAAGUUUUAUAUUUUCAAAUCAAUUCUAGCCAAGACCAACGUCAGCAAGUUUGACCUACCCAACCGGGAUGCUUAUCGUGACUUCUUUGGCAUUAAUCCAAUCGCCAACUUCAAGUCCCUGGCAUCUCAAUGUUCCUACAUUGGAGGCUGCCUUUUGGAUAAGAUUGAGAAGGCAAUCACCAAUGAGCUGCCCGCUCUCCUGAGCAGCAUUAACUCUGGCAAGCAGCCCGGCCUGUCGUCCUGUGAGGUCACUGGUUGUGGUGAGAAGCCAAAGAAUCGCUACCGAAAGAAUUGAGGAACAUAAAAUAACUUGUCAGGAGGAAGAAUGGUGACAGAGGAGGUGAAGAGAAAGGGGGGUCUGGUGGGAGCCAGCCCUGCUUUUGUCUGGACAUUUGUAUUGUUGAGGAGAUACGGUGAGGAUUAAUGUUUGGGGGGUUUUGUCCUCAGGAGAAUAAGCUGAUAUGAUAGUGGGAGAAGGAAGCCAUCGUUCGAUACGGCAGCUUAAGGACACUAAUGCUGGAGAAAUGAGAACAUGUCUCUGAUAUCAAAGUAUAUUAAAACACACACCCUUCUCUCUCUUAUGGCACAAUAUUUCUAGACUGUCUCACACCAAUGGGAGUUCCCUUCUAUGUGAAUAAAACAAAAGGUGGAAACAGAUAUAUGUACAGUACAGUAAAAAUAUAUGAAUUGCAUUGCAGCAGGCCAAUUCCAAACUCUUCAGAGGUUGUUUUUGAAGUAGCCUUUCUUGUGGGUGCUAUGCAAAAGCAUUUAUGUCUAUCUGAUCAAAUGAUUAUCUUUGCAUGUUAGACUUUCCAUUUUUAUCUACCGAUAUGUGUGCUUUUCUUCUGCCAUAAAGAAAAAAAACCCUCAUGCAGCAUCAAACCGACCACGCAUCAAACAAGGCCUUUUUUCUCUUAGCUUGGUAUGCUCAUCACUCUUGGUUUUUGAUGAUGAAGUAAACAGAGGUCAGGGUUCAAGAGUCUUUGGAGCAGAGAGAGUAUGUUCAGUCUGCUACUCUUCUUAAAUAUAUUUUUUAUUUCUGAUUGUUUUGAAUCUUUAAACUGCCAGGUUUUGGUAGAAUUUUAAAAGUUAUUUUAGGCGUAUUUUGCUCCUCAUUUUUGUUGCCGAUUCAUCACAAUAGAAGCUGAAGAAGAUGUGCUUGAGUUGCAGCUGUCUUUUUUACAUUUACUCUGCUGUUUUCUCUGCACAUUUAAAAGAUAUAUAUUUAUUGUUUUUCUGUACAUUUAUCCAUCCAUUGUCCUUCGCUGAUCCAAGACCAUUUUAUGUGGGUAACAGGUUGAAGAGGGGAACCUAAGUUACUUCUCUUCACAUUUUCUAGUUUGUUCCUGUGGGAUCUUAAGGUGAUCUCAGUCCAGAAAGGACAUACAGUGCUUCUAGUAAGUUUUUGAUCUUCCCCUAAGUCUCCUCCCAAAGAAAACAUCCAAGACCAAUGAGAUAUGCUCAAAGAAACAUCCAAAUAAUAUGGUCCAAACACUACAUCUGACUACUUUCAAUUUAAAGGAGCAGUGACUUAGCUUCCACCACAUGACUGGAUCUACUUGGGACUCUCAACCAUUAUGCUACUUAUGCCACCAUAAGUACCAUGGUAUACAAACACCUGACGCAGGACUGGUGACCAUGAGCCACACUGGUUAAGUUCAGUAUGAAAUGGAAACAGGAGAAUACAAAAUAUAGCUUUUGCUUUGGUGGUACAAAGACUGUGAUAGUCCUUACAGGCUUUAAUAUGCACCCAAACUCCCCAUGAUCUCCACAAAAUACAUGACACAAGUUUUUUAGAGGUCCACAUAGCACAUGUAGACUGGACAACCUAACUCCUAUGACUCAUUUAGAAGUUCUACAAAGGUAAAAGUAUGUUCCUUUCUUCUGCAGUUUUCUGCUAAACUCUAAAUGUAGAUUUUCUAAAAUGUUACAAUUUGUGGAUUGAAUUACUUGUAAAAUAGCACAAAGCAGGGAAAUGCAAAACUUAAGAUUCACGAAUUUAGCCCUGACUUCUGUGGGAACAAGAUAGAUUCUGACCUUGUUAUCCCAAGAACAUUGCAAAAAAUAUCGUGUUCAAGUACAAAUGCACUAGGUAGUAACAACCGUCUGAGAAUCAAGCAUAUUAUAUUCUGUUACCAACAGACUUAAGAUAUGUGAAGAACAAGUAAGACAAGCCUAUCUUACUUUAGGAGAGAAAAUCCAUGAUGUUUUAAAAAGCCUUCACAGUCUGUGAAAAACAAAGUUCUGAGUCCUGCAAGAGCUCUACACAAAAGGGAGCUGAGUGAGGAGACACAGGAACUUCCAAUUUACCUCAUUAACAUCCUUUAUUGUUUUACACAUCCACACUUUGAGGCAUGAUGCAGAGAACAGCAAAAAUCAAGCUCGAACAAACCUGUUUUCCCAACUCUGUUCACAGGUGAGUGCUCCGGAUGUUGUCUUUAUACUGCAGAGGCGGAACAUGGCCACCAGAGGGUGCUGUUUAAAAAAAGUAAAAGAAAGCCUUGUGAACUGCGAGAGGUUUAAGACAAAAGCUAGUUGUGCUUCUGAUCUAUUUCGGUGUCAGUUUUAAUCACCUUUUAGACGAUGAAUGGAUGUGUGUCCUGUCGAAUAUAGUUGACGUUUCACCUUUUCGUAUAACACUGACAUUACCACUGGCCCAAGUUGUGGAUGUUUGACAGAAAAGAAUAAAAAUAUUUGAUUGA